AAAGCACCCGGCUCAGUGUAACUCUCACUCUUCUAAAGUGCUGGGGGCGGUGUCACCAACCACCGGGGAAAACGUGUUCGAUCCCGAGGAGCCUGGCCGCACAAGGUGCGGCGAACACAAGUUCAAUCGAAGCUUUCAAGAAGGAAUUGGAUUGGAAAAGGAAGAAUCUGCAGGACUAUGAGGAGAAGGCCAGGGAACGACACCAGGCACAUUGCUUCUGCAGAGAGCUAGCACAGACUAGAUGGGCUGGAUGGCCUCCUCCAGAGCUAUAAUCAUUCAUUUUCAAGGGGUUUAUUAGCAAAGUGAACAAUGCUGAGAAAGAUCUCUCAAUUCAGCUUUUUUGUUCUGUGGGGACGACUGGCAUUAAGUGAAAGAUUCAAAGUCCUAACGCCUAAAGAGCACAUAGUAGCUAUCCUUAACCAAGCUGUGGUGCUGGAAUGCAGUUUCACUGUGUCUGAAGAGUUACCUUUGGGAAACGUGGUUAUCAACUGGCAGCGUGAUGAGAACAGGGAGGUUGUCCAUAAUUACUAUUAUGGGAAAGACCAGCUGAGCAAGCAGAAUCCUCAUUACUCCGGCAAAACGAGUUUAUUCCCGGAAGAGUUUAAAAAUGGAAAUGCUUCCCUGAGAAUAGAAGGAGUAAACCCAGAGCACAGUGGGGAGUACCUGUGUUAUGUUGGCAAUGCACGUAAAGGUGAUAACGGAACAGUUACUGUUGUUCUUGCAGCAUUCUACAAUGAGCCAAGGUUAAUCAUCAAGCAAGGACCAUGUGGCACCAGUUUAAUGUUUGAGUCCAGCGGCUACCCUAACGCUAAUAUUUCUUGGUAUACCGAUGACAACAAAGACGUUUCCUUUUUGUCCAACACUUCCUACCAGCAAGACGCUGAUGGCUUGUGCACAGUCCAAAGUGUUGUGGACAUCAACAACCUGAAAUGCAAUACAACCUGUACUUUUGUUUUAAGAAAUGCUGUGGUCAAUCAAACCAUCUCGAGGAGUUUUACUUUGAUAACUGAAGAAUGUGAAACGUCGAUGUCAAAACCGCACUAUAUAAAUCUCACAAAUUAUGUUGUUGGCUUUAUAUUAAUAAUAAUCUCACUGGCUGUACCAUUAUGUCUCUAUAAAUAUGUUAAAGCAAACAACAUAAAAGUCAUUGUACCAAGUUCACUGUGAGAUCACUGCAGUACCCCUCAUAAGCUGAUGGUGGUUGUAACUGAUCUCUGCUGGAGUGUGUGUCGAUCUGCGCAGUGUUUUGCUGGUUGCAUGUGGGGGAGCAUGUUUCGAAUGUUUCAUUCCGGUUACUGUGUCUGAAUAGUUGUAAUAUUGACCAGCGGUCUCCAUGCAGAGACUGCAAGGAAUCCAUCUGUUGUGAAGUUCUUGCAACACAGAAAGAAGUCGUUUGGCCCAUCAAAUCUGUACCGGCUCAUAUGGCCAUGCUCAUUAAUCCUUGAAGGCUCGCAGUUAUAAGGAGACGCUUGUAUUGAUGGAUACAGUCGAGUAUGUGGAAGAGCACUCUGUGCCUGCAUGGGAAGGAGAGCAAGAGGAGUGUUUGAUGAUUUGUUGUGGAUCAAACCUUUAAUAAGUGUACAAGUGACGAAAAAGCUAUGACAUACUGAUCAGUCAUUUCUAGAUGCUGAAUGUUUGGAAAUUUUACCUGAAUAUGAGUUAAAAUCUGAAUAUUGUUAUCAAUUUUCCUCCUGACACUUUAAUUUAAUUCAGCAAUAAAAUUGUUAAUCAAUACA